GCACGCUUGGGUUAUUGUCUUCAGUUUCCAUCAAACUGUGUGCUGGUGAGGUGCGUUCGUGCAUUGGAUUGUGGAUCUUGAAUUCCAGAUCAUCAAGCCCCUCGUUCUCGCUCGUGCCCAGCCCCCCCCACUCACCCCAUCUCUCUCUAUUUAUUCCGGACUCAAUCCCUCUAUCCCUUCCUCUGCCCCCAUUUCCCCCCAAGAUGACUUCUUCUAGCACGAUCACCACCUCGGUUUCGAGCACUACCAUGCGUCAAACACCGCUGACCUGUUCCGGUCACACCCGACCCGUGGUCUUCUUGGCCUUUUCCGACCUGAACCCGGACGAUGUGGCGGAUUAUUAUUGUAUCUCGGCCUGCAAAGAUGGAAAGCCUAUGCUGCGCCAAGGUGAUACUGGAGAUUGGAUUGGCACCUUCGAAGGCCAUAAAGGUGCGGUUUGGGGUGUGGACUUGAAUAGCAACGCCUCAAAAGCCGCGACUGGGGCCGCCGAUUUCUCAGCCAAGGUCUGGAGUGCCGCCAAUGGCGAAGAGGAUUUCACGCUACAACACAAACAUAUCGUCAAGACAGUCAAGUUCUCCUCGGAUUCCAAACAUCUUGCCACCGGAUCCAAUGAUAAGCUCAUUCGCAUUUUUGACCUCGAGCAACACGAUUCUCCCCUGGCCACCAUCACGGGCCACACUGGCAGCAUCAAGCAAGUGGCUUAUCGGGAUGGAGAUCGGCAAUUGCUCAGUGUUUCCGACGAUAAGACAAUGCGUUGGUGGGAUGUGGAGCGAACGGAGCAAGAGGUCCACAAGGUCACGUUUGAUUCCAGUAUUGGUGGCAUUGAAUUGGCCAGUGAUGGCCGCACCGUGACUGUGGCUCAUGGCAACAAAGUGUCCUUCUUCAAUGCUGAGACUUACGAAAAGAUCCGAGAGGUAGAGAUUCCUUGUACCGUGUAUUCCGCUUCCUUGCUUCUGGACAAGAAGAUUUUUGUGUGUGGAGGCGAAGAUUUCAAGUUGUACAAAUUCAACUCCGAAACUGGGGCUCCCGUCGAGAACUUCAAGGGCCACUUUGGGCCUGUUCAUUGCGUAAGAUUCUCCCCUGAUGGCGAGCUCUAUGCCUCAGGAUCCGAGGAUGGAACCCUUCGUCUUUGGCAGACCGAGGUUGGAAAAACAUACGGCUUAUGGAAAUGCGUCGAGUCCGUGACUUCUGGAGAGGCCAUGGCCAACAAGGCUGAAGCCUUGAGUGCGAGCUAAAAACCUUUACCACUCAAUUCAAUGUCACCUUUUCUUGGAUUAAUAUCUCCAUCGACCAAGAACGUUAAAAAAAAAGAUAGAGAGAGAGAGAGCGAAUCACACACACCCACACCGUAAACAACAAACCCACCCAGUCUUGAUGAAAACUUUAAACCCCCUCCCCCUUUGUCGUGCCCACAGAAGAUUUGGAGCUCCACUUGUCUUUGGGAUACGAUCUUAUCAACUCUCUGCUCGCGAUUGUUUUCCACGAUCAAGAUGAGAGAGCUCCUUUUCCAGCGAGUCGUUUGAGCUCAAAUGACCUGUCAAAAAUGGUCUUGUCUCUCAAGUGUCGUCAAGAAUCGAGAAACCGGUUAUUUGACACAGUGAGCAAGCGAGUCUCAAUCAGAAACCCUUGUACCCAACGUGGCAAUCUUAAAGUUACUUUUCUGCUCGAUUUGUGAUACCUUAUGAUGCCCCCUUUCCGUUAAUGGCAAACGGUAAUUAUUUAUUCAUGUUUGUACUUAUUUAUUAUCAUUCGGAGAGGAAACCCUCGUGGUGUCCUUUCUACAAGAAUAAUUUUGUAAUAAAGAAACGUCUUCCGACCAGUCA